CCUGCCUUCCAGACUCCAGCCUGGCUUGGGGGAGGCCCUACCGGAUUGGUUCCCCUGGCUGAAGAGCCCAGAGCCGGAAUGAGAGCUCCCCUCACCUUCCAGUCCCUGAGGGGGCUGCCUUUGGCUCUCUAAGUGAGGUCUGCCAACUAGCAGCCCAGCCAAAACUGACUAGAUAACUCGCUCACCUUAGGAGCAGGCACCAUGGAUUCCUUCAAAGUAGUGCUGGAGGGGCCAGCACCUUGGGGCUUCCGGCUGCAAGGGGGCAAGGACUUCAAUGUUCCCCUCUCCAUCUCCCGGCUCACACCUGGAGGUAAAGCUGCGCAGGCUGGCGUGGCAGUGGGUGACUGGGUGCUGAGCAUCGAAGGCGAGAACACAGGCAGCCUCACGCACAUUGAAGCUCAGAACAAGAUCCGUGCAUGCGGGGAGCGCCUUAGCCUGGGUCUCAGCAGGCCCCAGCCAGUUCAGAGCAAACCACAGAAGGCCCAGGCCCCCGCCGCGGACCCCCCGCGGUACACCUUUGCACCCAGCGCCUCCCUCAACAAGACGGCCCGGCCCUUUGGGGCACCCUUGCCCGCUGACAGCGCCCCGCAUCAGAAUGGGUGCAGACCCCUGACAAGUCAACAGCCGCUCCGACUGCUGGUCCCGAAUGCCAGCAAGCAGCGGCUGAUGGAGAAUACAGAGGACUGGCGGCCACGGCCUGGGACUGGCCAGUCUCGCUCCUUCCGGAUCCUUGCCCACCUCACAGGCACCGAGUUCAUGCAAGACCCGGAUGAGGAACAUCUGAAGAAAUCAAGCCAGGUGCCCAGGACAAAAGCCCCAGCCCCAGCCUCAGCAACACCCCAGGAGCCCUGGCCUGGCCCCGCCACCCCUAGCCCCACCAGCCGCCCACCUUGGGCUGUGGACCCUGCAUUUGCUGAGCGCUAUGCCCCGGACAAAACAAGCACAGUGCUGACCCGGCACAGCCAGCCUGCCACACCCACGCCUCUGCAGAACCGCACCUCCAUCGUGCAGGCCGCUGCUGGAGGGGGCACCGGAGGAGCCAACAAUGGCAAGACUCCUGUGUGCCACCAGUGCCACAAAGUCAUCCGGGGCCGAUACCUGGUGGCCCUGGGCCAUGCAUACCACCCAGAGGAGUUUGUGUGUAGCCAGUGUGGAAAGAUUCUGGAAGAGGGCGGCUUCUUCGAGGAGAAGGGGGCUAUCUUUUGCCCCCACUGCCAUGAUGUGCACUGCGCACCCAGCUGUGCCAAGUGCAAGAAGACAAUCACAGGCGAGAUCAUGCACGCCCUGAAGAUGACCUGGCAUGUGCACUGCUUUACCUGCACGGUCUGCAAGAUGCCCAUUCGUGAAGGGGCCUUCUAUAUGGAGGAAGGAGUGCCAUACUGCGAGCGAGAUUAUAAGAUGUUUGGCACAAAAUGCCGUGGUUGUGACUUCAAGAUCGAUGCUGGGGACCGCUUCCUGGAAGCACUAGGCUUCAGCUGGCAUGACACGUGCUUCGUUUGUGCGAUAUGUCAGAUCAAUCUGGAAGGGAAGACUUUCUAUUCCAAGAAGGACAAGCCCCUUUGCAAGAGCCAUGCCUUCUCUCAUGUGUGAGCCCCUCCUGCCCACUAUUGCUCUGUCCCCACCCAGCCUGAAGGGUGAAGGGUCUGGAGUCACCCCAACAUUUCUGCUGGGGCUAGCAGUGGUUGACCCAACCCCAACUCCUGGCUGAAGCCUGGGGUUCCCUGGACACUGUCCCACCUCUUCACUCCCUCUCCCCUACCCCCCACUGUCUCACUCUGGUGCUGGCCAUACUGGCCCCUAUUCACCUUUAGUGCCACAAUAAACCUGUAUCCAGUUGUG